CACGCCAGAUCUGUGUGCUUGGACGUCAUGUUUGUGUUAUAUCCCAGACAAAGACUUUUAGCCUGCAGCAAGAUACUGCGCUUCCUUUUGUUUGUUAUUUCAGGAAGGGAAACAAAUUGUCCGUCCCCUAGAUCUUGCGCUGCCUUGUGACCCAACUCUUGCUGUGAAGGGGAGCAAUCGGCCGUAAUCAAUCAUCCACGCAACUCAUGCCUGCCACGCCUCCAAUCAUUUAUAGUUGGUUAUUGUUGCCAUUUAGCGGCUGUUGCCGAGUCUUGGGAGCAGUUCUCAAACCGCACUGCUUUCUGUUUUCUGAUGUUUAUGUGUUCCAGCAGAAAACAUGCCAAAACAUGUGUCGUAGUCAUGGAAUUUGCAUGUGUGCUUGCCCUGACGCGUGUCUUUGCUUCCUUCCCUGUCUUGAUGCGCAGGCCAAGCUUGAGAAAACCCUCAAAAAAAGCUUGAGAAAAGCCUAGCCCCUAAAGUGACGGGCCAGGGUGUGAUGGCUUGGAAGAAUGAACAAAAUCGAUUCCCCAAGACACUGCUCGAGCAGCUCAAGCAACCUUAACCUCUGGGUCACUCUUCCAAGCAACCCAUGCAGAUAUGGCAUGCUAAGCUCCCAACCGCUUCCUCCUCCAUGUCCUCACCGCCUCAUCUUCCUCCCUCGUCGCCGUUAGCUGCUCCUGUGGCUCUGCCUCCACGGCCCUCCGCCCGACAAUGGCGUCGUGCGCGGCGGAGACGGGGCUGGUGGCCAUGGACUGCCUGGUGGUGUGCUGCUGCUGCCCGUGCCUGGUGCUGCAGGUCACCGUCUUCCUCUUCGUCAGGCUGCCCAAGAAAGUGGUCGUCAAGACGAAGCGGAUCAUCCUGAGGAGAUGGCACAGGAGGAGGCCGCCGGCGGCGUCGGCGUCCAAGGGAGUAGCUGAAUGCGCGGCCUCGGCGCGCCUGAAGCUGGAGGAGCUGCUGGACCUGGACGACGGUUUUGGUCAGGCCGCGUUCGGGGUCGGAGGAGACGGCGCCGACGGCUGGAAAGAGCGGUGCUUCCCCGUCGACUACGACGACGACGCCGUGUGGGAGGCGAUCAUCGAGCAGGAAGGGCUCUUCUGGUUCGGCAGCUUCUGGGGCCGGCCGGAGCAGGAGGGGCCGGCUGCUGGAGGUGACGAUCAGAUCGGUGGAAGCUUCAGGCUACCUGUCGGCUUAGAGAGAGUCUGUGAAUAGUUAGGCUAAAACGGCCACAAAAAAAAACGGCUAGAUUCACACGACGAUGUAAAUACGAGGCGUCUCGCGGAGGAUUUCAUUCAGAGAAUGUACAUGUCAACGUACCAGGAACAAGGUACGUUCCCGAGCUCACGGCAGAACGAAAAGAAUGUUCAGAAAGAAAUUACUACUUCACCCGAGAAUUUUGGGAUAUCAGUAAAGCAGCAGGAUGGCCGUUGUUCUGC